GGAGGCAGAUCCAGCCAGAAGGCUCCGUUGCAGCCGACUCCUGCUCACCGGCCCCAGCAGGACCCUCCUCCGUCUCACCAUGGCAAAGGCAGCCGGGCUUGUCUGUGCGUUUCUCCUGCUGGCUUCGUUCUGCUGCCAGGGCCUGGCUCAGAAGGCCCCUGGCGCGCCGGACAAGUGCUGCUUCACGUUCCAGACAAGCAGGAUCAAGAAAGGCAACAUCGUGGGCUGGUACUUCACCAACCCCGAGUGCUCCUACCCCGCCGUGGUAUUCAAGACUCGAAUGGGCAAAGAGAUCUGUGCCAACCCUGACAAGCGGUGGGUGAAGAAAUACCAGGGGUUCUUCCGGCCGAAUUCCCUGUCUGUCCCCACCUAGACAAGCCGCGAGGGGAGAAUCCUGGAGACCAGCCCCCAGCUCUGUAACCCCCCACACACAGCUGCAAACGGCUCUUGCUAGCUUGACUUUUACUCCUUCAUUUGUCCUUCCCUGGUGCAGGAUCUGAAACGCCAGGGGAGCCGCUCCUGGCUCUUCGACUCAGCCCAUCUCAGGGGAGGGCUGUGGACACAGAAAGUGGCGUCUGAUGUGGUUGGCAGCUCUGCUGAGAUGCAGCGUCUCCAGCUGGGUUUAGCAGCCCCCCCGAGUGCACCUCCUCCCACAAGGUCCCCAGGGGGGGUGGUGCCUGUACCAUGGCAGGGUCACCUCCUUGGGGGGGCUUUGCAAAGCAGUCUAGGGGACCAGAUGUUCUGUUCUCAUGGAAAACGGGGUGCCCAGAUCCCUCAGCAGUUUUAAAACUCCCAGCCCUACCCUGCAGGCCCAGAUUGUUCCUUGUGUAGCCUGGUUCGACCAGGCCGUCCUCCUCCCCAUGGCCCCGCAGGAGAGUUCCUUCCAGAGAGCUGGGACAACCUCCCGGUCUUCUCAGUAGCCACCAGCACAGGAAGGGUCCAUCCCCGCAGGACAGUGAUGCAGGCAGGAGUUCAGGAGCCCAAAGACCCAUGUCUGUUAAGGCUGGCACAAGGGGCAAACUCCCCUGAACUCCCCCAGAGCCAUGUCCUGACCCGCUUGUCCUUCCCCCCGGGGACGAGCCGCCCCCUUUGAGGCUCUUCUCCAGAGCUGGGUCCCACCUAGUCUGCAAAGCCCCGUAGGCGACCCUGCCCCAGCCCAGUACAAACCCCUGAGCAGUGACGCAGACGGCAGGUGACGGCAUCCAGCCGAGCAGAAGGAAUAGGGAGCAGUUGCGUUGCCUCAUGCUAUGCAGACUCAGUGAAACACGUCCCCACCAAGGCAGUGAGGGAGACACCCAGCCAGACGCCGUUAGCUAAACAACGCUUCCUGCGCAGAUCCCACGUCCCCCCGACUUUUUAUGAUCGUUCUGGGGUAAGAAAUGUCAAACACAAUGCUUCGAGCUUAAUACGUACCUGCGUGUAAGCAUAUGGGUGCGUAUGUGGGCAUUUGAUUCCGGAAAGGCCUGGCAAUAUUGUUGUUGGCUUCCUCGUCUAUGUAUCGAAAUAUACAAAUAUAUCAACCAUGAAAUCA